AUGGUGCCAAUGUGAUUUGAAAUGCCAACUGCGGCGCACCUGAUCACUGCAUGAGAGAGAAAGGAGCGCGCCAUCUGCCAUCUGGCAUCGCCGCCGCAUUGGGUGUCGGCCCCGCGCCACAGAAAUACUACAGGGUGUGGUCCUCCUCUGAUGAGCCUUCGUUGCAGUGUCAGGUGCUGACUCAUUGCAAACACUUUCUCAUAGGGAUCAUGCGACCCAAUCCAGUCAUAGAAGCGGGGAGCUCCUCCAAAAAACGGCGGCUUAGCAAGGUGAUCACUACUUUGGAGGAUGAUGAGGAUGAGGAUGAGGAUGAGGAUGAGGUUGUGGAGGAAGAAGAUGAGGAUUUCAACAUGUAG